AUUUCUAUUCUUUGAGAAUAGUUAGUUUCGUUCGACACGAGAUGAAGGACGUGCGGCGGGUUCCCACUAGUUCUUAGUUGAAUUCAUGGCUUUCUUAUGUGGAGUUUGAACAACCUGUUGAAUGUUCUGUUUCGAUUAGUAGGAUUAAGAGAACCAGUUUGGAGAAUUGAGGGAUCCGCAAUGGGUGAACGGGUAGAGCCUACCACGCCAGGGCCGGACCUAGUUGGAGUAAACGUCGAGCGACCUCCGCUUGUACAUCAGCAAUCAUCAGUCUGGAACAAAAGGCAGCAGGCCGUCUGCGUGAGGCAUGCAUAUAAAUACUAUGGCUCGAAAAAAAAACCUAACCAUGUUCUGAGCGACUUGAAUAUGACUGUAGCCAAAGGAACAAUAUACGGUUUACUGGGUGCAUCAGGAUGUGGAAAAACCACGCUUCUCUCUUGCAUCGUCGGCAGAAGGCGACUCAACACCGGAGAAAUUUUUGUGCUGGGCGGAAAACCCGGAAAGAAAGGAUCCGGUGUGCCCGGAAAACGAGUCGGGUACAUGCCCCAGGAGAUAGCCCUCUACGGAGAAUUUACCAUCAAAGAAACGAUGAUGUAUUUCGGAUGGAUUUUUGGUAUGGAGUCCAAAGAAAUCUAUGAAAGACUGCAGUUUCUGUUGAACUUUUUGGAUUUACCUAGUCAAAAUCGUAUGGUUAAGAAUCUAAGUGGUGGUCAACAACGAAGGGUUUCUUUCGCAGUAGCUCUAAUGCACGACCCCGAACUCCUUAUUCUCGAUGAACCGACAGUAGGUGUGGAUCCUUUGUUGAGGCAAAGUAUAUGGAAUCACCUCGUACAGAUAACGAAAGAUGGCAAUAAGACUGUUAUCAUCACGACACAUUACAUUGAAGAAGCUAGACAAGCACACACGAUUGGAUUGAUGAGAAGUGGCAAACUACUGGCAGAAGAAUCCCCUCACGUCCUACUCUCGAUGUAUGGAUGCACUUCUUUGGAAGAGGUAUUCCUGAAAUUGUCCAGAAAACAAGUGCAAGUCGGCGCCUCUCAAGUGGAACAAAACAUGUCAAAUAACAUCAGUUUAGCCACUAUGAACUGGGGAAAGAAGGACUCGAUUUCUGUGACCGAAGAAAGUGGAGUGGUGGGGUUGAAUUUUCAUCAAAGUAAAGAAGUUUUGGUUACGGAUACUAACGGACAUCUAGAUAUGGGAAAAGCGUCAUCAUCCACUCUAGGUAUCCAAGAAGCAUGUGACGACUGUGGCAACUGCACAGAAUGGACGACCGUAGGAAAACUCAAAGCUCUGCUACAGAAAAACUUUCUACGAAUGUGGCGAAAUGUAGGGGUGAUGUUAUUUAUUUUUGCGCUACCCGUUAUGCAGGUCAUCCUCUUCUGUUUGGCUAUAGGAGGUGAUCCUAAAAACCUGUAUUUAGCUAUAGUCAAUCACGAAAUGAUUUACGAAAACCUGACAUUCCAAGCAUGUAAUUUCGACCUGGGCUGUAAAUUUGGAAAUCUGAGUUGUAGAUACCUCAAUACCCUCAAUACGUCGACUAUAGUGAAGCAGUAUUAUCCAGAUCCGGAGUCGGCUAAAAUGGCUGUUGAAACUGGAAACGCUUGGGGAGCCUUGUACUUCACUGAGAAUUAUACUGAUGCCUUGGUAGCACGUAUGGCUUUGGGAAAAGAUGCUGAUGCGGAAACUUUGGAUCAGAGUGAAAUCAGAGUCUGGCUGGAUAUGUCAAAUCAACAAAUUGGUAUAAUACUUCAAAGAGAUCUUCAUCUGGCCUUCCAAAACUUCACGAAAGACAUAUUCAGGGAUUGUGAUUACAACGCAGAUCUUGCCGAAAUUCCUAUUUCAUUUAAAGAACCUAUUUACGGAUCUAAUGAACCAUCUUUCACCGACUUCGUAGCACCUGGAGUAAUAUUAACGAUCGUUUUCUUUUUGGCUGUGGCACUGACAUCGUCAGCAUUGAUCAUAGAGAGAAUGGAAGGAUUACUCGAUAGAUCGUGGGUUGCAGGUGUGACUCCCGGAGAAAUUCUGUUUUCCCAUGUGAUCACCCAGUUCGUCGUCAUGUGUGGCCAAACAGCGCUUGUACUAAUCUUCAUGAUAUUAGUAUUCGAAGUAGAAUGUAAAGGCAACCUUAUUCUUGUUAUUCUCAUAACUAUUCUCCAAGGGCUGUGUGGUAUGUGCUUCGGGUUCGUCAUAUCGGCAAUUUGCGAAUUGGAGAGAAACGCAAUUCAGUUGGCCUUGGGUAGUUUCUACCCAACCCUGCUGCUGAGCGGCGUAAUCUGGCCAAUAGAAGGCAUGCCUACAGGUCUGAGGUACAUUUCGACAUUCUUACCUCUCACCUUAGCGACAACAUCGCUAAGAUCCAUGAUGACCAGAGGAUGGUCCCUGUGGGAGCCAGACGUGUAUUACGGUUUCAUUGCAACCAUCGUUUGGAUACUUAUUUUCUUGACGAUAAGUUUAGUAGUUUUAAAAGUGAAACGGGGUUGAAUUAUGGUUUUAAUAGAAAAAAGGACUAUUCUUUUGGGGUGAACUGGAAAAUUCAUCCCCAAUAAAUUUUCAUUUCUAACAAGUUUAUUUUUAUAUUUGGCAUAUGGUAGAAAACGUAGAUCAAACAUCCAUUUUAGUGCAAUGUAAACCUUCCUGGUUAUAGUCAAAACUUGCCCUAAAAUUAAAUAUCUAUAUUUCUAGUGAUAAGAAAAAUUAAUUUGUGUCUUUUAAUCGGGUUAUGUGAAUUUUUUCACAAACUAUAUGAAAAAUUCCGAGGAUUAUUAAAACAGAUAUUUUCGUUGAAAAAAAAGUAAAGUUUCAGUGUCAUGGAAUGUACAUGAUUACUUACAGAACACAUUAAAGUACUUGAUUCAACUGUCAUCGAAUUAAUAUCCGAAAUAAGGAAAAUAAGGAAAUAAAAAAAUAUUCUUCAACGAAAUUUCGUAAAUAUGAGAAAAGUAAAAUAUAUUAAUUGAUUUUAAUAGUGCUCAAACUUUAAUUUAGUAAUGUUAUCAACUGGUAUUGUGAUGUAUGUUUGUUAUAUAGUAAAAAUAAAAAAUUCGAAUUAAAA